GCAUUUAGUACUUCAGAUCUAUUCUCCUUAUUUUUUGUUCCAUUGAAUGAUACUUUAUCAGUUUAUCUCUCUUCAUUCUCCAAACCCUCUCUUCAUUUCUCUUACAGAACUUUCUCUCUUAAUUUCUCACUCUUUGUUUAAAUUCUCCAUUUUUAUCCACAGAUCAACAAGCAAGAUUAGAUCUGCGCUUUUUAGAACAUCCUAAAAAGAAAAAUUUGACAACUAAAAUGAGACGAAGGGGAUAAUCUGCAUCCUGCAAGUAAGAAUUAAAUAAUACUCAAAUUGGCAUGGAUGCAUCAUGCCAGAUAUACCGGUCUAUCUAAUGUAAGAGAAUGAUUAAAGAAACAAUAUAGUUGAAAGGAAGAAUCAAUAAGUGAUCAAGAAGAUGGUUUACGUUUCCACACUAUAGACCAUGGAAGAAAAUAGACAUCCCCAAAAAACAAGGAACUAACAACAUACCUCUUUGGUAUUCACUCAUUCUUGCAGUCCUUGUCACCUAUAAAUUUCAGCUCAUUCUUCCUCUUUAGGAAACAUCUAACCCAGUUUAGUUUGCUGGUUGAGCAGAACUAACUUAAACCAUUCUAUAUUUCAUCACCCAACCAUAAUAAAUACUUAAGUUAGUAAUUCCCCAAAGUCUCAGAAUUCCUGCUAAUAGUCAAGGCUGAAAACUGACUAAACAUGUGCUACUUGCCUAGCACUAACAGAACAACCAGAAACCAACCUUCCUCAUCUUAUAAUUCCCAGUUUACCCUUCCUCUUACAUAAAUAUAUACAAUCACUGAAUAAGUAAUAUUUCUGAAAGACAAGUUCCACAAGAAAUACUCCAUAUUGUUACUGCUACUACCUGAGCAGAGAACAGUAAUAGUAGGAAGGAGAAGGAGAAGAAGGUAUGGCAGGAGGAUCGAUCGCGGCGACAGGGGUGUCAAAGGAAAGAGCAAAAGAGUAUCAAGGCAAAGUCACUUCCUAUGUUAUCAUUGCUUGUAUGGUUGCUGCUGUUGGUGGCUCCUUAUUUGGUUAUGACAUUGGUAUUUCUGGUGGAGUCACUUCCAUGGAUGGUUUUCUACAUCAUUUCUUCCGCGGAGUAUACGAGAAGAAAAAACAUGCCCUUGAAAACAACUAUUGCAAAUUCAAUGAUCAAGGCCUUGCUGCUUUCACAUCUUCUCUCUACCUUGCUGGCUUGGUUGCCUCUUUGCUUGCCUCCCCUGUUACUCGGAACUAUGGACGCCGCAUUACCAUAAUCUGCGGUGGAAUUUUCUUUCUUAUUGGGGCUACUCUUAAUGCUGCUGCAGUGAACCUUGCCAUGCUUCUCUUGGGUCGGAUCAUGCUCGGUUUUGGCAUCGGAUUCGGAAACCAGGCAGUUCCUCUUUAUUUGUCUGAAAUGGCACCAACACAUAUCCGAGGGGGUGUGAACAUGAUGUUUCAAUUAGCAACAACCCUAGGGAUAUUCACAGCAAACAUGAUCAACUUUGGAACAUCAAAACUCGAACCAUGGGGUUGGAGGCUCUCACUCGGCCUAGCGGCACUUCCAGCAACCUUGAUGACCAUCGGAGGACUACUUGUCCCAGAGACACCCAACAGCUUGAUCGAGAGAGGAUUGUCCGAGAAAGGGCGCAAGGUCCUUGAAAGAAUUAGAGGGACAGAAAAUGUUUCUGCAGAGUUUCAGGACAUGGUUGAUGCAAGCGAGUUUGCUAAAUCAAUCAAAAACCCCUUCCGAAACAUCCUAGAGCGUAGGAACAGGCCACAGCUGAUCAUGGCUAUCUUCAUGCCUACAUUUCAAAUCCUUACAGGAAUAAAUUCUAUUCUGUUUUAUGCUCCUGUCUUAUUUCAGAGUAUGGGGUUUGGUGCAAAUGCCUCUCUUUAUUCCUCUGCUCUAACAGGAGCUGUGCUUGCUUUCUCAACAUUGAUCUCCAUUGCAGCUGUUGAUCGUUUAGGGAGACGGGUGUUGCUCAUAAGUGGAGGAAUUCUGAUGAUUACAUGUCAGGUGAUUGUGGCAAUAAUCUUGGGAGUAAAAUUAGGAACAAAUGGGGAACUCUCUAAGGGCUAUUCCGUCGUAGUGGUGAUUGUAAUAUGCCUCUUUGUGUUGGCUUUUGGGUGGUCAUGGGGACCCCUAGGAUGGACUAUACCCAGUGAAAUAUUCCCACUGGAGACGAGGUCAGCAGGGCAGAGUAUAACAGUGGCAGUCAAUCUCCUCUUUACUUUCAUCAUCGCGCAGUCUUUUCUCUCCCUCCUGUGUCACCUCAAGUUCGGGAUUUUCUUGUUUUUCUCUGGCUGGAUCACCAUCAUGACAAUCUUUGUAUGCUUGUUCUUGCCUGAGACUAAGGGUGUCCCUAUUGAAGAGAUGAUCCUAUUAUGGAGGAAGCAUUGGUUUUGGAAGAGAAUAAUGCCUCAAGAGGCCGAAAUUGAUGGUAACCAUAAUGGAAAAGGUGCUGCUUACACAACUGCAUAGUGGUUGCUGAAUUAUUUUGUUUUCUAUCCCUACGAUUUUUGUGUACUUAGAGAAGAAAAGGCAUGGAAAUAUAUACAGAACAAAAGAAAGGAUUCCUCCACACAUGUUAAUGAACUCUCUCUUGGUAGUACGAUUCUUCUAGCCCAUAUACCUUUGGGGAUUUA